GUGCGCGACUUCGCGCAGACGGGGACGUCGUGGACGUUCCAGGGCGUCGCCGCGCCGGCCAAGUCGAGCGAGGCGAGCGACGCGCACGCGCUGCGGGUGACGCCCGCGCGCGCGAACGCGGCGGGAAGCGCGUUCGCGACGAGCAAACAGCUCGUCGGCGGUGGAUUCGUGGCGGAGUUCGCGUUCGCGAUCACGACGCCCGCGAACGUGGAGGUGCCGUGCGAGGGGGUGGACCACGCGCCGGCGACGUGCUCGCGAAGAGGCGGCGACGGAUUGGCGUUUGUGAUACAAAACGCCGAUGGAAGGGCGCUGGGGGGGGGAGGAGGACAGAUUGGGUACGGGGGGAUCGUGAACUGCGUCGCGGUGGAGUUCGACACGUUUCACGACGCGCAUUCGAGAGACCCGUAUCAUAACCACGUGGCGGUUAUGACGCGCGGCGCGAAGGCGCCGGCGUUGGCGACGCACGACGCGGCGAUCGGGACGAGCGUGACGGUGCCGAAUUUAUCCGACGGUGAGCGUCACGUCGUGCGCGUGGUCUACGACCCAGACUUUGUCCCCGAGGACGCGUCGCACAAGAGUUUCCGCGGCGGCGCGUACCUGCUCGAUUUGAUGCGCGACUACAAGCACGGUUUAGGAACGAUGAAAGUCUUCAUCGACGAUCUCGCCGAUCCCGUCUUGACGGUGCCGAUCAACUUGGCCGCGUUCAUGGACUUGGACAACGGUCGCGCCUGGGUCGGUUUCACCGCCGCGACCGGGCGUUCGAUGCAGAACCACGACGUGCAGAGUUUUUCGUUUCGCGAGCGCGUCGGCGGCGGCUUUGUUCCCGGCGUCGCCGUCGCGUGA